GGGGUCUGUGGCUGUGUGUCAGCGCAUCGUGCUCCCGAGGGCUGCAGUAUCUUCGAAAAAACCUUCUUCGCCUGAGGGAGGGUAUUAGAAAAUAAACAGGCUGCGUGCAAAUCCGGAAUGUGGUGGCGGAGGUGCUGGUGCCCGGCGGAAUGCAGAUUCUGUGGGGUGGUGGUCAGCCCAGAAAUGUGCAGCCUUUUAGUGAUGAAGAUGCUUCAAUUGAAACUAUGAGCCACUGCAGUGGCUUCAGUGAUCCUGCUAGCUUCACUGAGGAUGGGCCUGAAGUUGAUGAAGAAGCCACUCAAGAAGACUUAGAAUACAAAUUGAAGGGAUUUAUUGAUCUUACGUUGGAUAAGAGUGCAAAGACAAGACAAGCAGCUCUUGAAAGUCUGAAAAGUGCUUUUUCUUCUAAAAUACUAUAUGAAUUUGUCAUGGAAAGGAGAAUGACACUAACUGAUAGCAUUGAACGCUGCAUAAAGAAAGGUAAGAGCGACGAACAGUGUGCAGCUGCCGGACUGGCAUGUCUUCUGUGUGUGCAGAUGGGGUCAGGAAUUGAAAGUGAAGAGAUUUUUAAGACCCUUGGUCCGGUUCUGAAGAAGAUUGUCUGUGAUGGAACAGCCAGUAUCCAAGCCAGACAGGCUUGUGCAACCUGCUUAGGGAUUUGCUGUUUCAUUGUCACUGAUGACAUUACGGAACUGUACUCUACUAUGGAAUGCCUGGAAAACAUCUUCACAAAGGCCUAUCAGCGAGAUAGAGACACUAAUGGUGUAUCGAGUACCCACAAUACCGUGCUUCACAUCAGUGCUCUCUUAGCAUGGACGUUGUUGUUGACCAUCUGUCCAAUGAAUGAAGUGAAGAAGAAAAUUGAAAUGCACUUGCAUAAACUUCCAAGUCUGCUGUCUUGUGAUGAUCUCAACAUGAGGAUAGCUGCUGGAGAAACACUAGCCCUUCUGUUUGAACUGGCACGCGAAACGGACACUGAUUUCUUUUAUGAAGAUAUGGAACUUCUAACCGAGAAACUAAGAGCUCUGGCCACUGAUGGAAACAAGCACCGAGCCAAAGUAGAUAAAAGAAAGCAGCGAUCUGUCUUCAGAGAUGUUCUACGAGCUGUUGAGGAGCGUGACUUUCCUACAGAGAUGGUGAAGUUUGGACCUGAGCGCAUGUAUAUUGACUGCUGGGUUAAAAAACAAACUUAUGAUACCUUCAAGGAGAUUCUGGGCUCAGGGAUGCAGUAUCAUUUGCAGUCAAAUGACUUUCUUCGGAAUGUGUUUGAGCUUGGUCCACCAGUAAUGCUAGAUGCUGCAACUCUUAAAACAAUGAAGAUAUCCCGUUUUGAAAGGCACUUGUACAACUCUGCAGCAUUCAAGGCUCGGACAAAGGCUAGAAGUAAAUGUCGUGAUAAAAGAGCAGACGUGGGGGAAUUUUUCUAGAUCUCCUUUUCCAUGAAGUUCAAUUUUCAUAAUUAAAAUAGAUUUGUAACUUUUAACUUUUUAAUUUCUGUAAUCACAGUUUGCACUUGUGCCCAGGGAUGUUGUAUAAAGUCUGUAAAUAUAAUGCAUGUUGUUGCUUAGUCGCAUACGCACUGUAUAUAGAUUGACAUAAGGUUGGGUGCAGGGAUAUAUGAUAAUGCUUGCGGUAGAUGCAACUUGCUCCAAAGGUUGAAUAUAUUGUAACUGAACUGUGAAAUGAGGCGCAUAACCGUAGUCAAAUGCCAUGUGUCAGAUUGGAUUCCUUACUUUAUAUAAAGGUAAAUUAAAUUAAUUCAUUGACCAAGUAUUUUGGUAAAAGUGUGCUAAUAUGAAAGGAUGAACUUGUUCAUGUGAAGUUAUUUUAGUAACUUUUUUAAACUCUUCAGUGGCAGGCGGACAAAGAAAUUUCUACAUAGUAUGAUUUUAUCCUGAAGGGGAGUAUGAAGUUCAAUUGCCUUCACUU